GUUUUGAACAAGUGAUGCAAGACGGGAGUUCAUUUUAGCGUACUAAAACACGGGAUUCGGAAUACACAAUUCCGAAUGAAUUAGGGUGCCUGACAUUUUGAUUCGGAACUUCCUAUUCGGAAUGAGAGCUGAUUAUUUUUUUAAAAUGUCACUUCCAAUUAGGAAGUUGGAAAUCCAAAUGAAUAAAAAGCCAACUCCACUAAUUCGAACAUCACAUUUGGGAAAUUGGGUCCAAUUUAUUUAUUAAUUUAAAACAGGUUUAUAUCAAUUUAAGUUGUAUGGCUAAAAUAAAGAUAAAAAUUUAAGUAGCAUUUGGAACUUCAUGAUCCGAAUAGGAUAAAAAAAAAUUAAAGAAUGUUGAUUUGGAAAAGCAUCUUCCGAAUGGAUUAAAAAAAAGUAUAAAAAAAAUGUUUCGGAACAUGUGUUUCCGAAUGGAUUAAAAAAAGUAAAAAAAAUGUUUCGGAACAUGUGUUUCCGAAUGGACAUAGUUAACACUAAUCGAAGAUGUGUUUCCGAAUUUCGUAUUCUUAGAAAUCCCAUAUUUUUUCCCGUGUUUUUGCCUUCCAUGUUCACUUUUCCCAUGUUUUAAGAAAAUACCCUUUCUUAUUAAUGUGAAUUACAUUUUUUAAAACGGGUGUUACAUGAUUUACAUCACCCAAGGCCACUCCUAGGGCGUGGAUGCCUUUCAUUUGGGAAUCUUACAUACCACCAAAAUUUUCAUUCAUUGCAUGGCUGGCUUUUAGAAAUAGAUUAGCUACUUAUGAUAAUUUACCUUACCUUGAUGUGGCAAACAUAUGCCCUUUUUGUGAGGGUGGUCCGGAAACGGUACCACACCUAUUUUUUGAAUGUUGUUUUACAGGUCAAGUGUGGGAAACUGUCAAGCAAUGGCUAGGACUAACAAGGAGCAUGCAUACUCUAAGGAGCUCGGUCAAAUGGAUCAAAAAAGAGCAAAGUGGAGCUAAUCUAAAAGCAAAGGCCGUGAGGAUAGCAUUUUGUUACUCGAUAUAUUGGAUUUGGAGAUCAAGGAACUCCAUUCGGUUUGAUGGUGCAAAAGCAAACAUUCAAGGAGUUGUAGCCCAAAUCAAGUUUAUGGUCUAUAAAUUGUUAUACUCCUUAUAUCCGGUCGAUAUGAUUAACUUUUGAAACUGAUGGGGUGCUUUGUCUCCCACUUUUUGUCAUGCCUUAUGGCUAGUUUUGGAGUGGAUAGCUAGCUCUCUUUGAGAUGGUUAUCACGCAGAUGGAUGGGCAAUCCAAAUCUUUGGAUUGCCUAUAGUUUUGGUUUUUGUUUAUAGGUUG